CGUUUUGUAGUUUCCGGUUUUCACGGACCCUUGGCGCACAGUCACGCCAACGCCAUACUCAGCGGUUAGCAAGCCAGCUACGUACGGAGCGGGUUCAGUUUCUCCUACAAACAGAGUAAAUAUGGGACGAAAGAAGAAGAAGCAAAUGAAGCCUUGGUGCUGGUAUUGCAACAGAGAUUUUGAUGAUGAAAAGAUCCUCAUUCAGCAUCAGAAGGCAAAACAUUUCAAGUGUCAUAUAUGCCACAAAAAACUGUACACGGGUCCUGGGUUAGCCAUUCACUGCAUGCAGGUUCAUAAAGAAACCAUAGAUGGGGUGCCCAACGCCAUACCGGGAAGAACGGACAUCGAAUUGGAAAUAUACGGCAUGGAAGGUAUUCCUGAGAAAGACAUGGACGAGAGGAGACGUGUCCUGGAGCAGAAGACGCAAGCCGAGAGCCAGAAGAGGAAGCAGAACAACCAGGACGACUCGGACGAGUACGACGAUGAUGACGAGCCGGGCCCUUCGUCCCAGCAGCCCGUCCCGCAGCCCCAGGCCGGCUACAUGCCCCCCAUGACCCAGCCCGGGAUGCUGCCUGUCCCAGGCAUGCCCCCCGCCACCUACGCAGGAAUGCCACCCAUGAUGCCCGGCGUUCCGCCCAUGAUGCCUGGGGUUCCGCCCAUGAUGCCAGGAAUGCCACCGGGCAUGAUGCCAAUGGGUGGAAUGAUGCCCCCUGGACCUGGGAUGCCCCCCAUGAUGCCAGGAAUGCCCCCAGGUAUGCCCCCGCCGGGGCAUCGGCCAGGCAUGCCCCCCAUGCCCCAUGCGCCCCCCGUCUCCGCUCAGGGCAUGCUGAACCGGCCUGCCGUAAGCUCCGCUUCUGUGCCCGCGCCCCAGCUCGCCGUCUCCAAACCGCUGUUCCCCAGCGCCGGACAGAUGGGGAGUCUCGUUCCGAGCACGAGCACAAAAUCACCCUCCCCGAGCACGGAGGCGGGGCCUGAGCCGAGUGCGGCACAAGCCCAGCAGACCGCGGUGUCGGGGCCCGUCGGCACGGAUUUUAAGCCCCUCUCCGCGCCCUCCGCCGCCUCGGACCCGCCCAAACCCACAUUCCCGGCGUACAGCCAGUCCGUGGCGGCCGCCACCUCUAGCAGCACCGUGUCCAAACCGCCCGCCGCUGUCACCAGCAAGCCCGCCACCCUCACCUCCCUCAGCGCCACCAGUAAGUUGAUCCACCCCGAUGAGGACAUCUCACUGGAGGAAAGGAGGGCUCAGUUGCCCCGGUACCAACGGAACAUUCCCAGAACUGGACCGGCCCACAUGGCCGCCCCUCCGGGGGCGCCGAUGGGCACCAUGAUGCCCCCCCAGCAGCCCAUGCACGGUCAGUACGGGGCGCCCCCCCAGGGAAUGCCGGGGUAUAUGCCAGCAGGCAUGCCACCGUACGGGCAGGGCCCCCCCAUGGUGCCCCCCUAUCAAGGAGGACCCCCCCGGCCCCCCAUGGGAAUGAGACCCCCCGUAAUGUCUCAGGGCGGUCGGUAUUGAUGCUGAUCCACCACCUUUCAAUAGGUUUGAAGAUUAAACUCUAUUUUUUUGUGUCUCAUCUUGCUGGUAUUUUUUAGUAGCCCCCAAAACAGUUAAGCCCUACCCCACACCACCGCCGUUAGUUUGCCUGACCUACAAGGUGGGCGAAAGAACAUUGUGAGGCCAUGAGACCUUUCGUUUUAAUGCAUUUUACCUAAUCGCAAAAGGAAGAGAGAGGAAAAACCAUAACUUUGUUGCAACUGCCAACACUUGACUUUUUUUUUUUUGUAGUUGUUUUUUCGAUCCCCUUCUGUUUUCUUAGAUUUUUUAGAUGUGAAGAUUAGUUUAAGGAAAAAAAGAAAAGGUUAGUAAUGUUAUGAAUGCAUGUGAAUACAGUGAACGGUAACACCUUUCUGUGAAGGAGAGUUUACAAAAACACACUGCGUUGUCACAAGGCCCUCGCAGCACACUAGAUGCUGUUGGACUUCCCUGUCCCCAGCCUGGCUUGGUGAGGGCCCUAAGGGCCAUCCUUCUGGUAGUUUUUUUUGUUGUACACUGCAUCACUUGAAACACCUGUUAAGCUCUGAUCUUGUUGCAGGUAUAUUCCUAAGGUCCACAAAAACGUGCUCAUGUGACUGAUUCCUGUACUGUUGUAAAAACAUUUAAUGUAAUAAAAUGUGAUUAAAACCAA